CUAACAAGUGCUGCCAUCACUAACACUUCGGCCAAUUCGGUCGGCGGGAUCAGUUGUUUACCUCUCGACUACGAACCCUGAAGCCGAUUUUAGUUUUGAUUUUUUUUUUUAUUUCCAUAAAAUGAAGUCUGUUAAUGAUCCGGCAAUUUUGGUUGAAUCAAAUAAAUUGUCCGGUUUUGGUCAUUCUAACAAAUCUUCCAAUGUGUAUCAAGAACCUGUUUCAGUUACAAUAUUAGGGGUUAAUAUAUCACAUCUCACCCAAACUACCCAGUUUGUUUUGGUCUCAUCAGGGGUGUUUAUUUUCUUCGUUCUAUAUGGAUACUUUUUGGAAGCUAUAUUUGUUCAGCCAAAUCUCAAGUCUCAUGGGCUGUAUGUGACAUUCAUUCAGUUUGUGUUAUACAGUUUGUUUGCAAUAAUAGAAUCACAGUUAAAAAAAGACACAGAAAGAAGAAUACCUGUGCCAACGUAUAUCCUAAUUUCAUUUCUCACAGUAGCAACAAUGACAAUGUCUAAUUUAUCUUUGGAAUAUUUAAAUUACCCAACCCAAGUUAUCUUUAAAUCAUGUAAACUUAUUCCAGUGUUAGUUGGUGGGAUAAUUAUUCAAGGGAAAAAAUACGGAACAAGAGAUUUUUUAGCAGCUGCUGUGAUGUGCAUUGGGUUGAUUUGGUUUACUCUUAUUGAUGUAACCAUUUCACUUAACUUUCAUCCUGCUGGUGUGUUAAUGAUUAACUUAGCCCUAGUUGCGGAUGCUGUUAUAGGGAAUGUACAAGAAAAGGCAAUGAAAAAAUAUGGAGCUUCAAAUAGUGAAGUUGUUCUCUACUCCUACUCAUUUGGAAUCAUUUACCUAUUAGUGGCUUUGAUUCUUAGUGGUCGCUUGAUUCCUGCGAUUACUACGGCUAAUCAGUUCCCAGUUUCAAUGUAUGGUUUAGGAUUUUUACUAUCCAUUACUGGUUAUAUGGGAGUAAAUCUGGUUCUUACGCUUGUCCGAGUUGCCGGAGCUUUUGCUGCUGUAACAGUUACGACGUGUCGGAAAGCCCUCUCUAUCGUGGUCUCGUUCAUUUUUUUUACAAAACCUUUUACGCUACAAUAUGUUUGGUCAGGAUGCCUCGUCGUCUUGGGUGUGUAUUUAAAUGUCCUUAGCUCCCAGCGGCAGCAAUCGCAUUUGAUAUUCAUUAAAAACAACUUUAUCAACACUGCAAUCAAUUAUGUUAAAAGACUAGUCACUAGGAAAAAAUUGGCAAAAGCUGCAAUUAGUGUCUAAAUAUUUUUUUUACAUUGUUUUGAUUCAAAUGUUACAAAUUUAAUAAUUUAUUUGGUGGCUGUUUUGGUUAAUCAACAUUAUCUACUGGCGUCGAAUGAAAUAAACAUUUAAAUUAA